AUGUCCGACAUGUACAAAAAAGACACGCCUGAGUCUCCGACGGCAUUCAACAUGGAUGCCCAGAGAAGCAAAGCACCAACACCACGGCACGAGCGAAUCAACUCCGAACAAACUACGCAGAGCGAUAUCAAGGCAGAACUUGGAACUAAACAAGAAGAAACCGACCCUAAUGAAGCCGAACAGGUCCGCAGAGGAUUUCUCCCGUGGUUAUGCUUUAUCCCGGCUUUGCAAGAUCCCAGGCAAUACAACUCAAGGAUGAAGUGGUUUUUGACUUCGAUCGUGGCGAUGGGAGGACUAGUAGUUCCCCUGAGUAGCGGUGUCUUGUUCCCCUGCCUGAUUAUGAUAGCCGACGAUAUGCACACCACCGAAUCGGUUGUGAAUUUAUCUAUUGCCUUUGGUUCGCUCGCGGUCGCCAUCACGCCCUUGUGGUGGUCCCACCUGGCCGAGAUAUACGGCCGUCGACUGGUAUAUAUCUUGUCAUUCUUCUUGCUCGGGAUUUUCAGCAUUCUGGCCGCAAUCAGCCCUAAUAUUGGCAUGUUCAUCGCCAUGCGACUCCUCGGAAGUGCCUCCAGCGCAUCCCUACAAGCCGUCAGCGCCGGUACCAUUUCGGAUAUGUUUGAAACACACGAUCGUGGUAAGGCCAUGGGCGCAUUCAUGCUUGGACCCAUGCUGGGGCCUAUGUUUGCCCCCAUCAUCGGCGGCGCACUCGUCACCCACUGGAGUUGGCGCAGCACACAGUGGUUCAUGGUAAUCUAUGGGUUGGCGGUGUUCGUGGUGAUGGUCUUCUUCAUGCCGGAGACGGCCACAAACCUCGAAGAGAAUUGCCGCAAGUAUCGUAAUGACGCUCAAAGCCCCACCAAGAAGGUCUUCUACUUCCUCCUGAAACCUAUGGAAGCUGCCAAACUCCUCCAGUACCCACCCAUCCUCAUUACGGUCUACUACACCAGCAUCGUCUUUGCGACAUAUUACCUAAUCUGCGUCUCUAUCGAAGACACAUUCGCCAUGCCGCCCUACUCCUGGAGCUCUGUAAUCGUCGGGGUGGCCUAUAUCCCGGGAGGUCUGGGUCUGUUGGUCGGCGCGAUCAUUGGUGGCCGCUGGCAGGAUUAUAUUAUGAUGCGAACUGCUCGAAAGGAGGGCCGAUUCGACGCUGAAGGGGAGCUGAUCCUGCACCCGGUCGAUCGUCUGGGCGAGAAUUGCCUCCUUGCGGGCAUUCUAUUCCCGGGAGCACUGUUAUGGUGGGGGUGGACGGCCUAUUACCAUAAGUUUUGGCUAAUCCCACUCAUCGGAAACUUCUUCUAUGGAUUUGGGGGAAUGGUCCUCACCAACGUGACCAUGACAAUGCUGACAGAAUUUACACCAAAGAAAUCCACGAUCGGCGUUGCAGUGAAUAACCUCAUGCGAAACAGUCUGUCGUGUGUGAGUGCAGUGAUUGCGCAGCCGCUUUUUGAUGCAAUUGGCACUGGUUGGUCGUUCACGGCGGCUUGUCUUUUCUGUCUGCUCAGUGGCAUUCCGUUGAUCCUUCUGCGAAUGAAGAGGGAGGAAUGGAGUCAAAAGAUGAGAGCCACUUUAGGCAGUGAGUAG